AUGUCUAAAUCAUCAUCAUCAUUCAUUCAUCGUUAUUAUCUUAUUCUUAAAGCUCAUUACUUUUUUUCCUAUGCAAGUUUUGCCGCAUUCGGUCCAAUAAUGAAUAUCAUUCUUCGUAGUCGUGGUCUUUCCGAUGUAGAAAUCUCGUACAUUAAUUUAGCUAUUCCAUUUUCAGUCUUCUUUACCAAUCCACUUGUAGGUUUUCUUGCUGAUCAUACACGUCGUUUUCGUCUUAUCUUUAAUAUAGCACUCUGUUUGGGAACUAUUCUCUUUAUUAUUAUGUUUUUCUUACCAUCUAUCAAAGCAUAUAAUAUUCAAGGUGGAUUAUAUCAAACCGAUACAAUGGAAUAUUCAUUAAAUUUUUGUGCUAAUAAACAAUUUGCUACUAAAUGUGCAUUGAAAAGUCAAUGUGGAUGUAUUUAUCAAGCUAAUUGUACGUCGUUAACAAUGAGAAAAAAUAAUACUGAUAUGAAUAUAUCAGAUAAAUCAUUUAAUUUUAAUUUUACAAUGAAUUCAACAUAUAUUAAACAAAAACAUAAAAAUGUAUCUUCUACAGACGACAAUGAACAUUCGAUAUGUGAAAUCAAUUAUCGUGUGCCAAUUGAAAAAUAUACAAAAGAUAAAAUUUUAGGUAAGAUUUAG